AUGGAGGCAGAGCUGAGCAGAAGGACAAGAAACGGAUGGACGGCAAACCACUCAGACGAGAACCUUCUGGACAUCAUGGACAGAAGAAAUCAGAUCCUUCUUCUGAAGCAUAAUGCCAUGAGCGGGCCACAAGGCGCGGAGAGAUGGCCCAAAGUCGCAACCGGAUGGCAACCGAGAACUGGUCAAUGGAGCCGAGGACAGCCGAAGAAACUAAGAUUUGACGAAGAACAAGACGCCCUGAAGACAUACAUCGACAGCGAAAGCAUUUGUUGA